GCCUGGCCCAGCAGGCUGGGAACUUUCCAUCGGACUUCUCCUCCAGGCCUGCUCCUCCCAUCUCAUAGCCUCCUCUCAGCGCUGCACAGACCUUCCCAUUUCAGAGAGACGAGAGAGACUCAGGAGCGGGAGUCAAGGUGACCUGCUCAGGGCACCAUGGAAAAAGGGCUUCAGGAUGGAGAAGAUGCCUCCAAACAAGGAGGAGGAGAGUGCUCAGGGUCAGACCAGGCCCCGCUGAGGAUCGUGCUGGUGGGCAAGACGGGCUGCGGGAAAAGCGCCACCGGGAACAGCAUCCUCUGCCGGCAGGAGUUCGAGUCCCGGCUGGGGGCCCAGCCUGUGACCAGCACCUACCAGCAGGGGACAUUGACUUGGAAUGGGAGGGACUUCCUGGUGGUCGACACGCCCCCCAUCUUUGAGGCAAAGGUCUCAAAGGAGAUGAAAAAGGAGAUAGCCCAGGACAUCGAGGACUGCCACAAGCACUUGGACCCUGGGCCCUAUGUGCUGCUGCUGGUGACCCAGCUGGGCCGCUUCACGGAGCAGGACACGCAGGCAGUAAAGAAGGUGAAAAAGGUCUUCGGGGCAGAAGCCAAGAGACACAUGAUCAUCCUGUUCACCCACAAGGAGGACCUGGAGGGCGGGUCCCUGCACGAUUACGUGGCCCAGACGGACAACCAGAGCCUGCGGAAGCUGGUCCAGAAGUGUGGGAAGCGCUACUGCGGCUUCAACAACCGGGCCACGGGGGAGGAGCAGAGGGCGCAGCUGGAGGAGCUGAUGGCCCUGGUGGUGCGGUUGGUGGGGGAGCUGCAGGGCAAACACCUCCACAGGGAUUCCAAGCCCUUAAAAAAAUUGAAGAAUUUAAAAAAAAACGAGGGCAGAUAGAAAACCAAAAGAAGAACCUGAGAGAGAUGGAGGGCAACAUGGGGAGGCAGGAGCCCUUUAGGGCCCCAAAUGGGCUCACUCCGCAUCGUGAGUUCUGUGUUCGUCUUUGGCUCCGCUGACCUGUUCCUGUUUCUCUCGCCAUCUUCCACCCUCUUUCACUCCAGCUGGCAUCUGCACAUCAGAGCAUGUUCUGAACAACACCCCGUGGGUUCAUGGUCCUCCGAGUCACCGAUUCUGGAAUGAAUGUCCUGUCCACAGAGAACAGGCUGCUGUCCCUGCAGGUCCCUCCCUUCUGCCUCGGACACUCCUGGGGAGCCUGGACUCUGUCUGGCUGGCACCGAGCCCUGUGCCCCAGCAGGGGACAACAGUCCAGCCCCGGGCAGCCCACGGCCUGCAUGCAACCUUGUUCUUAUCCUGAGGGGUUCAUGGAUAGGCUUGAUACCCCCUUUUGGGUCAACAAGACCCUCAGAAAGACAGUCUGUCACAUAUCCAUUAUUGGAUCUGAGGGUGAUGUCUGGAGCACCAGCAGCCAUCUUGCCACUAUCCUGGGGGUGAAGUUCAUGUGUCAAAGCAGGGACAGAGAUGGAACAGACCUGAGCCCCAAGUCCACUGGCCCCAGGGCCCAUCUUCCCUCUGGAUUUCCUUAUUUCAGAAUAAAUUCUCUUACAGUUUACG